AUGGAAGACUGCAGCUUUUGGGGACCUUGGCUAGAGGGUCAUUUCCUGACGCCUUGUUAUCGAGAAAGAUAUCUGAAUACAGCUGUAUUGGUCGUGCUAGUAAUAAUCUCUUUCACCACAUUGUUUUUCAAGUUGAUUUGUCACUACAAAAAGAGCACCCCAUCACAAUAUAAACCUAUCAAUCAGCAUACACAUGCAUUUUACGGAGCAACAGAGACAUCCGCAUCCAGCAACAACAGCAGUGGUGAAGACAGUGAUGAUGUGAGUUCUUCAGAUACAGUCGUACCCUCUAAAUUUGCAUCAAGCCAACCAUGGUCAGUCUACAAUUGGAUGCGACUUCUGAUGUCAGGCACACAGCUUGGAUUUUUGGUAUACAUGGCAUUGUCAAUGAAUGAAUCAAAUAUGGAUACAGUGAUUGAAGGAACGUAUAAUGAUCUGAUCCGCAUGUAUUAUGCACGCAUUGUAUUUUGGGCGUACGCUGUCGUUCUCGCUGUACUCAACAUCAGUUUGUCAUUCACCAUCAGUGGCAAAUCAUUGUCUGAUCACAUUUGCACACACCUAAACUAUCUCUACGUUGCAGACUUUCUCAUUCAAUUAAUCAAUCUCUCAGCCUAUUAUCAGAUACACGAUAUCUUGGAAAUCAGCCAUCGUUAUGAGCAUGAAAUGAUGUAUGGCAUCAUCACACUGUUGCUCUUGGUGAUUGUUUCAAAUGAAAGUCGAUAUGCCCCAUCUGAACCUAUCAUUGCUGAUACAGGCCGUGUAAUGUCUGGUGAAGCUUGGUCUUCCUUCUACUCGCAAUUCAUGUUCUCCUGGGUAUCUCCCAUGUUGGAAAAGGGUAAUCGCAACACACUCAACGACGAUGAUUUACUGGAGCUGAUACCCGAAAAGAGAGCCAAGAAUACACUGGCACUGUAUCGACUCCAAAAGAGAGCUACCAUGGCCUUGAAGCUGCUAUCCACGUUCAAGACAGCAUUGACCAUUCAAUUCUUUUACUGUAUUGGCUGGUCUAUUCUCAUGUUUGGUCCACCUUAUUUCCUCAACAAAAUCAUCAAAUUCAUUGAACUUGGCAACAAUAGCAAUGGUGGUGAUGGUGGUGGUGAAAAGGGCGAAACAGUGUCAUCUGCUUUUAUUUAUGUUUUAUGUCUGUUUUUGACGUCUUGUGGCCAGUCUUUAUGUUACCAGCAAGCGCUCUACAUUGGUCGAUCUCUGGGUAUCCAGAUUCAGUCUGUGGUGAUUGGUGAAGUCUACAGCAAAUCGCUCCGACGCAGAGAUGAAGAAGGUAGCACUGGUAAAUCAGACACAAACAUCAAUUUGGAAAAGCCCAAGGUCAAUGUUAACAACUUGCUCUCUGUGGACGCGCAAAAAUUGGGUGAUCUGAUAGCGUAUAUCUUCUACACUUACUGUUUCCCCAUCCAAAUCACGAUUUGUAUCUGGAGUUUGUACAAGCUUUUGGGCAGUGCCUCUUUGUGGGGUGUCUUGAUCAUCUGUCUUUCACAACCUGUUACGUUUGUCCUGAGCAGACAUUUCCAAAAGCUGCAACACGCUGCCAUGAAAUGCACAGACAAGCGUAUAGGUCUCAUGAAUGAGCUGCUUUCUGCUAUUCGUAUUGUCAAAUUCUUUGCCUGGGAAAAGCAGUUUCGUGCGCGUGUGAUGGAGGCCAGAGACGCAGAGCUCAAAGUCGUUCGUGCUCGUUUGAUGAGCUUCAUGUGGAUUGGCAAUGUUUGGUUUAUCAUCCCUGUGUUGAUUAUGGUCGCUGUCUUUUACGCUUACACUCGCGUCUUUAUUCUGACAGCAUCCACUGCAUUCACUGCGUUGGCCUUGUUUAAUAACUUUAAAACCACAUUGGAUGAACUUCCUGUCAUUACCUCAUUCAUCUUGCAAGCCAAUGUCUCUUUGAAUCGUAUUGAAACCUUUUUAGCAGAAGAAGAAGUCAAGUUGCCUGCUCCCAAUACAACAUCCAGCACACAUAUUGGCUUCAUUAAUAAUGCUAGUUUCAGCUGGAACUCACCAAGCAAGGGGAAUGAACCUGCUGUGCCUCAGAUCAAGAACUUGAACCUGUCCUUCCCCUUGAAUCAAAUGUCGAUUGUGUGUGGUCCUACUGGCUCUGGUAAAACGACACUCUUGCUCAGUCUGCUGGGUGAAACCUACUGUCUGUCUGGUGCGGCCAUCCUACCUAGAAAAGAACCCAUAUCAGCUUAUGAGUCCUGCAGCCAUAGUAAUGGUGGUGGUGCUGUGUCUGGCAUUGCCUAUGUCGCUCAAACUGCAUGGCUUCAAAACUGUAGUAUCAGGAACAAUAUCUUGUUUGGUCUUCCCUAUGACAAGCAACGCUACGAAAAUAUUCUCUACAUGACAGCUUUGACAAGAGAUCUCGAAAUUCUGGAGUUUGGCGAUUCAACCGAAGUAGGCGAAAAGGGUAUCACACUCAGUGGUGGACAAAAGCAAAGAGUGGCUAUUGCAAGAGCUGUCUAUUCUCAAGCAGACAUUGUGAUUUUGGACGAUUGUCUCAGCGCUGUAGAUGCACACACAGCGAAGCAUCUUUACCAACACUGUUUGAUGGGUGAUUACAUGCGCCACCGUACUGUCAUUCUUGUUACACAUCAUGUUGGCCUCUGUAUUCGUGGUGCUGGCUAUGUCGUUGCUCUGGAAGAAUCUGGGUCUGUGGCUGCUGCUGGUAAGCCUCUGGAUGUGAUUAAAUCGGGUGCACUCGGCAACGAAUUCUCGCAGGAAGGAUAUAUGGAACAAAUCGAUGCCAAUGAGGAAGCUGCAGCAGAUGGCCCUAUCCCAACAGUGCCCAAACAAGUCAGCUCUCACAACGAUGUAUUCUCUGCUACGGAUGGUGCUGGCAAGCUGGUAAAAGAAGAAACGCGCGCUGAAGGCAGUGUCAAGUGGGCUGUCUAUGGUACCUACUAUCAUGCCUCUGGUGGGUUUUUGUUUUGGGCUUCUGUCUUGUUGCUGUUUUGCUGUGCUCAGGCAUCGAUUCUCGGCCAAGAUUACUGGAUCAAAGUAUGGUCUGCCGCAUAUGACACCAUUUCCAACAUAACGGCUGCCUACACACGAAACAGCAACGGUAUUUUCACUGCACUCGCAUAUAUGGGGCAAGUUGGCAACGCUGGUAAAUUUGAUCUGGCCAACAAGCUUCACUAUUUGGUGCCUGAAUCUGUUAAAUCAUUUGCCCAAGAGAUCCAAGACGGCAGCUCUGUGGAUGUAGGCUACUAUCUCGGCAUCUAUUUCUUGAUUGGCAUGCUCUCACUGGGUCUGACUACUAUGCGAUCGCUUAUCCUCUUCCUUGGAUCCUUGCGUGCCUCUCGCACCAUCCACUCCCAAUUGCUGGAUCGCAUCCUACGUGCCAAAGUACGCUUCUUUGAUGUCACACCCCUGGGCCGCAUUGUUAAUCGAUUCUCCUCUGAUUUGGAGACGGUAGAUCAAGCACUUGCUCCGUCGCUCUCAUAUCUGCUCUACUCUAUCAUUGCCACCAUCUAUGUCAUUGUCUUGGUCUCUGUCAUUACACCUGUCUUCAUUGUACCUGGCUUCUUUGUAGCGCUCAUGUUUAGAUCAGUGGGUGUUUACUAUCUCAAGACAUCGCGCGACAUGAAGCGUCUGAAUUCAGUGUCUCGAAGCCCUAUCUAUGUGCAAUUCAAUGAGACAGUGUUGGGUGUAGCUACCAUUCGUGCGUUUGGAUGUCAACGUCGAUUCACUGAAGAAAACUACAAGCGCAUUGAUGCUAAUAACAGACCCUUCUUGUGGAUGUGGGCUACCAAUCGAUGGCUGCAUUGUCGUGUGGAUGUGCUGGGCGCAUUUGUGAGCUUCUGUACGGGUGCUGUGCUUGUUGGCUCAAGAGACUGGAUCAACCCUGGUUUAGCUGGUCUGUCACUGAGUUAUGCCUUGACAUUCACGCACCACGUACUCUGGGUGGUGCGUAUGUAUGCUAUCAAUGAAAUGAACAUGAAUGCCAUUGAACGUAUUCAUGAGUAUCUGGAUAUCGAAGAGGAGCCUCCUGCACACAUUCCAGCAACGUCGCCUCGCAUUUCAUGGCCAGAGAUGGGCACAGUCCAAGUGGAACGUCUCGUCAUGAAGUAUGCUCCAGAUACACCUGCUGUGCUUCGUGAUGUAUCAUUUGAGACCAGGCCUAGAGAAAAGAUUGGUAUUGUAGGCAGAACAGGCUCAGGCAAGUCCACGUUGGCCAUGUCCCUCUUUCGUUUCAUGGAGCCUACAUCAGGUCGCAUCCUGAUUGACGGCAUCGACAUUCACUCCAUUGGCUUGGAUGAUUUGAGAUCAAGACUCACCAUCAUCCCUCAAGACCCUGUGCUCUUUUCUGGUACUUUGAGAAGCAACUUGGAUCCGUUUGGGCAAUACGACGAUGCUGUUCUCUGGGCUGCAUUGAGACGAUCGCAUCUCAUCGACGGUCAGCAACAGCAGCAACAAGAACCUACCCAUCCAUUAGCUUCUUCGUCCUCAUCUGUAAAUACCGAGAACAUGAUCACACUCGACUCCCCAGUGACCGGCUCAGGAAGCAAUUGGUCUCAAGGACAACGACAACUAAUCGCCUUGGCAAGAGCACUUGUGAAAAAGACAUCGCUGAUUGUCCUGGAUGAAGCUACUUCGUCUGUGGAUUUCGAUACAGAUCAUCAAAUCCAAGAAACCAUCAGACGGGAGUUUACAGACUCCACAUUGCUUUGCAUUGCGCAUCGUAUUCGCACAGUGGCUGACUACGACCGUAUUUUAGUGUUGGAUCAAGGCCAAGUCAAGGAGUUUGAUACACCCUACGCACUCAUGACAAGAGACGGCAGUAUCUUUCAACAAAUGUGUCAACGCAGUGGUGAAUAUGCUGAACUCUUGAGCAUUGCAGAGACGAAAUUCAAGGGGUAUUGA